AUGCCUGCCACCACCACGCUCCUCGCCCGCGCCGGCUCGCAACUGAGCUCGCGGGGCUCAAUUGCGCUGCGAGGUGCUCUGCCCGCCUCAAGAUGCCCCGAGUUUGCUGCGUAUGUUGCUCGCCGCCCGUCCGAUGGAGCUGUGCUGACGCCAUCUACAGACGCCGCGCCCCAGCGCUGGCUGCCCUCGCCCGCUACUAUGCCUCCAAGUGUAAGCAGAGACGAUGCACGCAGUCCUGGCCGCACAUGCACAAGACUGACACAGCUCCGCCACAGCCUACCCCUCGCACACGGUCAUCAGCAUGCCCGCCCUCUCCCCAGAGCCAUGACCGCCGGAAACAUUGGCACCUGGCAGAAGAAGGCCGGAGACUCGAUAGCUCCCGGUGAUGUGCUUGUCGAGAUCGAGACGGACAAGGCCCAGAUGGACUUUGAGUUCCAGGAGGACGGCACCCUCGCCAAGGUCCUCCGCGACUCGGGCGAGAAGGACGUCGCAGUCGGAAGCGUAAUGGUCAAGUUGGAACAAGAAGAAGACGACACAAGGGCUAACACUUCCCAGCCCAUCGCCGUAAUGGUCGAAGAGGGUGAGGACGUCUCGGCGUUCGAGUCCUUCACCAUCGAGGACGCUGGAGGCGACAAGACGCCCGCGACUCCCUCCAAGAAGGGCGAGGCCUCCGAGGCCAGCGAGCCCGCCGACUCUGGCUCCAAGACUGCUCCUCCCGCCAAGGAGGAGUCUGCCCCCGCUUCCAUCGAGUCCGACUCUACCGGUGACCGUCUGCAGACAGCCCUCCAGCGCCAGCCAUCCGUCUCCCCCGCCGUCAAGAAGCUCGCGCUCGAGAAGGGUGUCCCGAUUGGCUCCAUCAAGGGCACCGGAAAAGGUGGCCAGAUCACCAAGGAGGACAUUGAGAAGUACAAGCCCACCGGUGGCGCCCCCGCGACUGGCGGUGCCUCCGCCGCUGCUUCCUACGAGGACACCGAAGCCACCAGCAUGCGCAAGGUCAUCGCCAGCCGUCUGACCGAGAGCAUGCAGCAGAACCCCCACUACUUCGUCGCCUCCAGCAUCUCCGUCUCCAAGCUGCUCAAGCUCCGCGAAGCCCUCAACGCCUCCGCUGACGGCAAGUACAAGCUUUCCGUGAACGACCUCCUCGUCAAGGCUCUCGGUGUCGCUGCCCGCAAGGUCCCUGCCGCCAACUCAUCAUGGCGCGAGGACGGCGGAAAGGUCAUCAUCCGCCAGCACAACGUCGUCGAUGUCUCCGUCGCUGUUUCUACACCCAUCGGACUCAUGACCCCCAUUGUCAAGAACGUCAACGGUCUCGGUCUUCAGUCCAUCUCAUCACAGAUCAAGGACCUGGGCAAGCGCGCACGGGACGGCAAGCUGAAGCCUGAGGAGUACCAGGGCGGAACCAUCACCAUCUCCAACAUGGGCAUGAACUCGGCCGUCGAACGCUUCACCGCCGUCAUCAACCCUCCCCAGGCCUGCAUCGUCGCUAUCGGCACAACAAAGAAGGUCGCAGUACCCGGCGAGCCCUCAGAAGACGGCUCUUCAAGCAUCGAGUGGGAUGACCAGAUCGUCAUCACUGGCAGCUUCGACCACAAGGUUGUUGACGGCGCAGUUGGCGGUGAGUUCAUGAAGGAGCUCAAGAAGGCCAUCGAGAACCCAUUGGAACUCUUGCUAUAAUUUUGAGACGCAUUGCAUGGGAUAUGUAUCUUUACGUUUGGGCCUUGUUGAGGGGAGGAUUUGUAAGGUCCACGGACCUUUUGUACAAUGAAUUUCAGCCUUCACCAUUUC